UCUCUAACGAUAUGCAUUCUGCAGAAUUGCUGAUUUAUUUUAUCACAACCCGGAGGAAUUUAUUGAGUGGACUACCGAUGGCGAGUGGAAUUCUGCUGACGAGUUGCGUACAAACAGAUUCCUGGCGGAGGGCUUAGAUGAGAUUCGGAUUCUACCGGGGAACGUCGAUACACCCUUUCGAAACGGCUAAGUCUUACCUUGAAAUGGAUGCACCACUGAGGUUGAUGUUUUUGUUUUGCAGGGUAUGUGAAACUGUGCAUGUUCCCCGACGCCGAUGCCGCCGGCCCCUACUACGCCGCGCUGUUCACUCUGCUGCAGCACAUGAACGACCUGCUCCUCACCUACCUCGUCAAGCCAAGCCGCCAAGCAAUGGUCUCCACGCACCACCGCUUCUCCGGCGCGCGCACCACCCUGCAUCUCCUCCCCGCCGUAGCCGGCCCACGUACAGCCCGGACAAGCCAGUGUGGGUGCUCAUGUCUAAUAAGACGUUCUCCGCCGCGGAGCACUUUGCGCACACGGCGAAGGCGCUCAAGCGGGUCAAGAUCGUCGGCGAGAACACGGCCGGGGGCGGCCGCAUGUGCGAUGGGUUCUGGAUCCACCCUAAACUAGACUUGCGGAUCUCCACCGCGUUCGUGCGCUGUGAAGUCGACGGCGGGGUUUGGGAACGCGUGGGCGUGCAGCCGGAUGUGAAGUGUCCUGCUGAUGACGCUUUGGAUGUUGCGCUUUUGGAGGCACUGGAGAGGUUUGUGCCGGGGAUUGAAACUGACCCGCAUCUGUUGCAGUUGGAGAGGCACACUAGGUGGGGUGACAAGACGGGGCGCAAGACACUGGCGGAGCUUCGGUGAAGCGAGAGGGACGGUGGUGCAAAAAUAGAUAUUAGAUUCACCACCUAGAUAAACUCGCUGGAAACUCAACUUUCCAUAAGCGUUUACUACGCUUGGACUAGAAACUUCAAAAGGGAAAGCGUCCGCUCAAACUGUUCUUAUUUUCCCUCUAUCGUCAUGAACUCGUCGUCUUCCUAGAGCUGGAUCAACUAGGUUUGUGGGUUUUCAAGCUCAGUGGCCCGUAAACGCGUGGGAAAGCGUGUC